CAGCGAGGCGCUCAGCUCAUUCACCUGCUCGGUACCAGCGGCAGAGCGGAUCGGAGGCUUUCUCCGCACUUGAAAUAGGCUUGCGAGUACUGUGGAAAAUAACUCAAACGCUUCGUCAGCCAUUCAACACGUCCAGAGAAAGAGAGCUAGAAGAGAAAAAGUCAUAUCGCAGUGAGGGAUAUUCGGAGGAAACAAUAUCCAAAGUAACUGCGAAUCGUGAAGGAUGUCUUCUCCUGUCUGCUUUCUUUGUGCCUUGUUUACACUCACUCUGUUGCCUCAAGUCGGCAGUUUACAGACCGUCACGGCCCUGUAUGGUGAGACGAUCGUCGUGCCAUGCAACCCUACGAGAGGCACCAAGUCAGCCAACCUCAUGUUCACGAAAUGGACAUAUGAAAAGGAAGAUAGCAGUGCUGGAGACCUCCUGGUGAAGCAGUCGCAGAAAGACGAGGUGACCAUCCAGGCCACGGGCAUCUACAAGGACAGGGUGAACAUGGCCAGCAAUUUCAGCCUCCUCAUCAGUCGAGCCACACUCGCUGACCAGAAGACCUUCACCUGCAUCAAUGUCGGCGAGUCGGACAUGGAGAUGUUCAGCACCCAAGUGCUGGUCUACAAGACACCCUCACCACCUCAAAUCAAAGACAAAGUCAAAGUGCUAGAAAAGGGUAAACUGAUCAAGCUCGGGGAGUGUCUCACCCAGGACGCCAACCCCGCGGCCAAUGUCACAUGGCUGAAGAACGGCCUACCUCUGACUACUGAUGGGAAAUUGACCAUCAUCACAACGAAAACGAUUGCAGAUCCAACCACCGGACUCUCCACCACCAGCUCCACGUUGGAGUACAUGGCUGUGAAGGAGGAUUCAAGCUCCCAGUUCAGCUGCAGCGUCCAUCAUUUCCUGGGGCCCAACCAAGUCACUGCACCAGAGAAUUUCACCGUCAACUACCCCACGGAGAAGGUAGAGCUGCAGGUGGUUCACAAAAGGGCCUUCAAGGAGGGAGACAACAUCACCUUGAAGUGUAAUGCGGACGGGAAUCCUCCGCCGACCAGUUUCAGCUUCUAUCUCAAGGAGAAGAAGGUGACGGUGGAGAAUGCCAACAUGUACACCCUAACUGACGUGACGCGCAGCAACACCGGGGAAUACAAGUGCUCCUUGGUCAACGAUGACAAAAUGGCGGAUACUAAGAACAUCCUGGUGAACUACCUGGAUGUCAGUUUGAGCCCAUCUGGGACAAUAAUUAAGAAUAUCGGCGAGUCUCUGGAAGUGGUGAUGCAGAAGAAUGCAUCUGACGAAGUAAAGGUGUCGUGGACCAAGGACAAUGGCAAGCUGGACAAGCAACCUGUGUUCCUGCCCCUGAAGUACAGUGAUUCCGGCUUCUACGUGUGUGAGGUCUCUAUGGCAAUGGGAAUAAAGCAGACCAGGUCUUUCCAACUUGUGGUAGAAGGCAAACCGGUGAUUAGUCGGCUGCUUAAGAUGCGUGGAGGAGAUGGCCGGCACAAGGUGCUGAUCUGCGAGGCCGAGGGUGCACCCAGGCCCAGUGUCCAUUGGAGCAUCAACGGCACCCACGAGGAGAGCAGCUACGUCAAUGGGAAGCUUAUACACAAGCUCACAGUGGUGCCUGCUGAGAACCUCACAGUCACAUGCAUGGUGUCCAACAAACUAGGAGAGCACAUGCAGACCAUUAAUGUGUCAUCCCUAAUUGGGGAGGAGAGCGAGAAGCGAGAAGGCAGCGCGGACGAUGCGGAGGACCAGGCCAAGCUGAUCGUCGGGGUUGUGGUUGGCCUCCUGUUAGCCGCUGGCGUUGUGGGCCUGCUCUACUGGAUAUACAUAAAGAAGUCUAAACGAGGCAGUUGGAAGACAGGAGAGAAGGAAUCCGGUACCUCGGAGGAGAGCAGAAAACUGGACGAAAAUCAGAAGCUGGCAGUGUAGAUGGCGCCCCCACCCCUCUGCGAUGGCACGGGAAGCAGAAGAUGCCUUUUCAUAUCGGACUUUGACACCAAAUCCAGAUCACCGGAGCCGUUGGACAUGCAGCAUUUCCUCGCACAGCACGUUAUGCAGAACCGUCUCAGACUCCAACGGAAUCUCCUUAAACUUCUCACCCACCAUCUCAAAAAAAGUCAAUGGAAGUAUUUUUUUAGCUAUUUUUUUGCAUAAAAAUGGGAUUUUUUUUUUCCUCCAUGUUUUUUGGUUCCUGGUUCCUGCCUUUUUGUUUGUGUUCUCUGUCUGCGCAGUAUUGGCUCAGUGAGUUUCCACUAUUCCUGACACUGUCAUUGAUGUAUAUUUUUAAAUGUCUAUCUUUCAUAAACGUGCCCGUUGGGCGACGCUAUCCUGGCAGGAAGAUAUGAUCUGGAAUAAUCCAUGGACGACGUUCUGUGGCCAACCGGGUUAAAAGGCUGGAGACUCCACUGUACUGUUGAUGUUGCAUUUCAAAUUUGGCCCCUAAUAAUCAUACACCCCCCCGGCCCCAAACCGCUCUGAUAUACCUAUCUGGAGGAUUCUCAGACCUUAUUUUGAUGUGAAAGUGCCGGCCAAAAUGCUUGAUGCUCUUGAUUUUUUUAUUUUAUUUUUGUCAACGACCAUGGUUAGCCUUAAUUGUGUUGUACGUUAUUUUCGGGGGAUGACGGGCUAUUGUAUAUGGGGAAUAUGUAUCUGUUUGGGGGGGGGGUGGUCUUUGUGUUAAAUUGAUACUGAACGUGGGCCUGCUUUGUUUGUACACAAGUCAUACUGCUGAAUUUAUAACACUAAUGUUUCUGUGACGCCCUGCCCACGUACUACAGACUGCGUCAUCUUAUGCUGCGUACGGACACCCCCGGGCGCACAGGAUCUACUGCACCCCCUCUCAUCCCCCGCCGUGCUGGUGUCUUAUUGGGUGUGGCAUCGGUGUCACCGGGGGGCGUUCUCUGUAGGUGGAAGGUCGAUGUAAAUAUGGCAGAACAUCCCGCUUUGCCUCUAUUUAUGAUGUGUGGGACGAGUUUAGGAGUGUUUUUGCAUACAUUUAGGUAGGUAUAAUAAAUUUGGAAUUUUUUAUUAUCCAUUUCGAUUUCAUGUUGGAUCACGUAGAAGAAUAGAUGGUGCUGAGACUGUAUAAAGUAGACGGUUACUGGCCGCCAUCCCCCGCCGUUAGGAUUCUUUAAAGGGAUACAUGGUAGUUUCCAUGAUGAAGGUUAUUGCGCAAGGUUCGUUCAAUCACCGUCUUUGUUCAUUUUAAACCAUCAGGUCAGUAGUGACACCAAAGAGAGUCAAACGAGAAGGCCAUACAACUAUUGUAAAUAUUUUGUGUUUUUUUGUACUUUUUGUUAAAUUGUACAUUUUGGGGGAAAAAAAGACAGCUGAACAAACGUCUCAUUUGCAUUAUCCGAUUUCUUUUUGUUGUUGGUUUUGCACCUGUGUCUUUACUGUACUCUGGAUAGAAGCAUGCUAUGUUUUGUUAAAACUUUACAUCAUACGAGACUAAAUAAAUCGAAAGUUGUUAACGGUC